CAUCCUGCUUAGAUCAGAGUUCAAACUAGUAUCACUUCCUGAGACGACUGUCUCGUUGCCACGAGAGGUGAAAUGGCGCAGAAAGGAGUUCAGCUGGAUCAGGAAACAUUCGCUUGUUCCAUCUGUCUGGAUCUACUGAAGGAUCCGGUGACUACUCCCUGUGGACACAGCUACUGCAUGAACUGUAUUAAAACCCACUGGGAUGCAGAGGAUGAAAGGGAAAUCCACAGCUGCCCUCAGUGUAGGCAGACCUUCACACCGAGGCCUGUCCUGCUGAAAAACACCAUGUUAGCAGUUUUAGUGGAGGAACUGAAGAAGACUGGACUCCAAGCUGCUCCUGCUGAUCACUGCUAUGCUGGACCUGAAGAUGUGGCCUGUGAUGUCUGCACUGGGAGAAAACUGAAAGCCCUCAAGUUCUGUCUGGUCUGUCUGGCCUCUUACUGUGAGAAACACCUGCAGCCUCAUUAUGAAUCGCCUACAUUUAAAAAACACAAGCUGGUGGAGCCCUCCAAGAAGCUCCUGGAGGUGAAUCGCCAAAACAUCCAGCAGAGAAUCCAGGACAGAGAGAAAGAGGUGAAGGUGCUUCAGCAGGAGGUGGAGGUUAUCAAUGGUUCUGCUGAUAAAGCAGUGGAGGACAGUGAGAAGAUCUUCACUGAGCUGAUCCGUCUGAUGGAGAAAAGAAGGUCCGAUGUGAAGCGGCAGCUCAGAUCCCAGCAGGACACUGAAGUGAGUCGAGUCAAAGAGCUUCAGGAGAAGCUGGAGCAGGAGAUCACUGAGCUGAAGAGGAAAGACACUGAGCUGAAGCAGCUCUCACUCACAGAGGAUCACACCCAGUUUCUACACAACUACCCCUCACUGUCAGCACUCAGUGAAUCUACAGACACAUCCAGCAUCAAGGUCCGUCCUCUGCGCUACUUUGAGGAUGUGACAGCGGCUGUGUUAGAAGUCAGAGACAAACUACAGGACGUUCUGAGAGAGACAUGGACAAACAUCUCACUGUCAGAACCAGAACCCAAGACCAGAGCUGGAUUCUUAGAAUAUUCACGUGAAAUCACACUGGAUCCAAAUACAGCACAUGCACGUCUGUUAUUAUCUGAGGGGAACAGAAAAGCAACAGAAAUGUGGCAACAACAGUCUUAUUCUAGUCACCCAGACAGAUUCACUUCUUUCUGUCAGGUCCUGAGUAGAGAGAGUCUGUCUGGACGUUGUUACUGGGAGGUGGAAUGGAGAGGGGCAGGAGUUUAUGUGGCAGUUGCAUACAAGAAUAUCAGCAGAGCAGGGUGGUCGAAUGAAUGUAUAUUUGGAUACAAUGACAAAUCUUGGGCGUUCAGAUGUGACAAAGACAGUUAUAAGUUUCGGUACAAUGAUAUCCAAACUCCCGUCUCAGGUCCUCAGUCCUCCAGAGUAGGAGUGUACCUGGAUCACAGUGCAGGUAUUCUGUCCUUCUACAGCAUCUCUAAAACCAUGACUCUCCUCCACAGAGUCCAGACCACAUUCACUCAGCCUCUCUAUGCUGGACUUUGGUUUUAUUCUGGAGGCACCGCUGAGUUCUGUAAAGUCAAAUAGUCAGAAGUCAUUUAAAGGUUCAAUGAGCAAUAUUAAGAGGGAUCUAUUGACAGAAAUGAAAUACAAUUUACGUUACUAUGUUUUCAGUUGGGUAUAAACCUAUUACCUGGAAAAAAUAUCUGUGCUCUAAAUGUUCAAUGUUUGUAUUAUUAAACUGUAAUAUCAUGAUGAUAAUCAAUAAGGAGAUGCUUCAUUCUUUUCUUUGACGGAGCUGAGAUUCUGCUCAAACCCACUGAUUGUGUGGAUGAAGUGAAUCUGUACCUGAAAUCAUUGAACAAGAGUCAUUUAACAGACGUUACUGAUGGGAUGUGUGAACAAACUGAAGGUUUACAUGAUGAAUAAACAAACAUGAACAAAG